UUCAUAUUCCCUGGGUUUUAGGCAAAACCUCGUUCAUGCAUUAUAAUUAGAAAGCAAAGCUUUGCCUAUAAAAUCCUCCCCUAUGGUCCUCAAUAACAUCUCACCUUUCCCGUUUGUGUUCUAACUCUUCUUGUUCUUAAGCUUUGAGGCCAUGAAGACUGGUAAUAAUUAAUUACACUUUUCUUUGUCCUCAAUAACAUCUCACCUUUCCCAUUUGUGUUCUCACUCUUCUUGUUCUUAAGCUUUGAGGCCAUGAAGACUGGUAAUAAUUAAUUGCACUUUUCUUUGCUUCCAUGCUCAAUUCAUUGUCAAGUGCUUUCACCAUUGCUAGGUCGAUUGGUCCAUCCUUAUUCAUACUAUUAUUAACACCUCCCAAGUCACCCCCCCUUCCUUUUGUUUCUCGGUUCUCGAGAUAUGAGCAACUGCAGUACUUAAGCUGCCAAGUCCUGGUAUGGUCAGCCCUGAAGCAUGUUUGCAACUGACAACAUGCAGGGUUAACUGUUUUAGAUCUAAGAUUAUCAUCUUGAAGUUCUAUAUAUCUCCAAGAACUUUGCUUUAGAUUACAUUAAGUGAUCAAGAUCUUUAACGCAAUGUUGCUGUUACUAGCAUUCGUUGCAGUUAUUUCAACUGUUUCAGCGGACAAACAAACAUAUAUAGUUCGCAUGGACAAGACCAAGAUCACAAAUACCUAUAAUUCCCUUGCCAAUUCCAAACCAUGGCACGAAACCGUCCUUGACUCUAUAGCUGAAGUCUCAGCAGAACAGGGAUUGGAAGCAACACGUCCGGAAUUAAUCUAUUCCUAUCAAACUGCCUUUUUCGGUUUUGCUGCAAAGCUGUCUGCUAAGCAGUUAGAGUCCUUGAAAAAGGUAGAUGGUUUUGUGUCUGCGAUUCCUGAUAAAAUGCUGAGCCUCCACACCACGCACACUCCACAGUUUCUUGGCCUAGAAGGCAUGAAAGGACUAUGGCAAUCUUCUGAUUUACAGUCAGAUGUGAUAAUUGGCGUGGUGGACACUGGAAUUUGGCCUGAGCAUGUUAGUUUUCAGGACCAGGGCAUGCCUCCUGUACCUGCAAGAUGGAAAGGUACUUGUGAGAAAGGCACUGGGUUCUCACCAUCAAAUUGCAACAAGAAACUAAUUGGUGCUAGAGCUUUCUACGGAGGCUAUCUGGCCGCCGGUGGCAGAAUCAAUGAAAAAGAAGAAUAUCUAUCUGCAAGAGAUACAUCUGGACAUGGGACACAUACAGCAUCAACAGCAGCUGGUGAUUAUGUAGAACAAGCAAGCCUUUUUGGCUUGGCCAAUGGCUCAGCCGCUGGAAUGAGGUAUACAGCAAGAAUUGCAAUGUAUAAAGUAUGUUGGCCAAGAUGUACAACCCUUGAUAUUAUAACUGCUAUAGUGCAAGCCAUUGACGAUGGAGUUGAUGUGCUGUCUAUCUCUUUAGGAUCUAGAUCAGAAGCUGAGCCUUAUUAUGAAGAUCCAGUUGCUAUAGCAUCAUUUUAUGCUUUCGCAAGUGGGAUUUUUCUUACGUUUAGUGCAGGCAAUAAUGGGCCAGAGGAAUAUACUGCUGUCAAUACAGCACCAUGGAUCAUGACUGUAGCGGCAAGCACCAUUGAUCGAAGCUUUCCAACAAUCGUCAAACUCGGAAAUGGGCAUACUUUUGAAGGUUCAUCUUUAUACACCGGUUCAGAUACAAAGCAAUUUCCAAUUGUAUAUGGGAAAACCGCUGGUGGCAGAGGCGCAGAAUAUUGCUUGGCUGGCUCACUCAAUCCUGUGCUUGUAAAAGGGAAAUUUGUUAUUUGUGAACAAAGAUUCGUUAGUACCACUGCAAAGGGAGAGCAAGUGAAAUUGGCAGGGGGAGUUGGAAUGAUCAUAGUGAGCACUGAAGGCGAAGAUCUUGCAUCUGAGGUGCACAUUUUACCAGCCACUUUAUUAGGAGCCUUAGCCAGUCAAGCUAUCAAGGAAUAUGUGAGUUCAACUGAAGUUCCAACAGCUUCCAUUGCCUUCAAUGGGACAACUUAUGGUAAUCGAGCACCAAUGGUAGCAGCGUUUUCAUCAAGAGGGCCAAAUUUAGUUGGACCAGAUGUGAUCAAACCAGACGUAACAGCACCAGGAGUAGACAUACUGGCAGCAUGGCCAGCUGGGACUAGCCCGAGUUCACUCAAGAAUGACCAGAGAAGGGUCUUGUUUAACAUAAUUUCAGGUACAUCUAUGGCGUGCCCUCAUGUUAGUGGCAUUGCUGCACUGCUUAAAUCAAAGCACAAAAAUUGGUCACCUGCAGCAAUCAAAUCAGCCCUCAUGACAACUGCUUAUACAAUUGACAACAGAGGAAAACCUAUAGCUGAUCUUGCAUUUUACGGCUCUGCUACGCCUUUCGCUUUUGGUUCAGGUCAUAUUGACCCCGUCAAAGCAUCUAAUCCAGGGUUAAUAUACGACAUCAGUGCCGAGGAUUAUAUAUAUUAUCUAUGCAGCCUGAAGUACAAUGCUUCUCAGAUAUCCUUGUUUGCAGAUGGUUUUACGUGUCCUAAGAAGGAAACUAUGCAACCCGGUGACCUGAAUUACCCUUCUUUUGCAGUGAAUUUCAAGGCUAAGGCUCAAAAUAUUACGGUUACCUACAAAAGGACUGUCACAAAUGUUGGGAUUCCUCGAAGUUCAUAUAAAGUAUCAGUCGAAGGACCCAAAGGAGUAUCAGUGAUUGUAAAGCCUAACAUUUUAAGUUUUAACAAGUUGGGAGAGAAAUUGAGUUACAAGGUGAGUUUUAUAGGACGGAGCACAGUUGCCAGCUCAUCAUCUUUUGGAUCCUUGGUAUGGGUGUCUGGGAACUACAGAGUUAGAAGUCCCAUAGCUGUGACAUGGAACUAGGUUUUAGCUUUUCAUAUUGCCGAGGCCGUAAAAUCCUUGGUAUAAAUUUCAAGGAUUCGAGAUUAUCAAUGGAGCUGUGUCCUUAAGUUUUUUUUUUUCCCCUUAUCUAUGGUUCAUGUAUGGCUGUUGAAUGAAAAUAAAAGACAUUUGAAAUGCUCAAAAGCAAAAACCGAGCUGAUGCCCUUCAAUUUGUAUUCUAUUUUGCACUCUUCUUUCUUGUUCGUGGUUUAGGCAGGUAGUGAAUUUUUGAAAUGUAAUGGGAACAACGGCACUUUCAUAGGGACAAAAAAGGAAAAAAUUACAGAGAGCGAGAAAAAGAAAAAUUGAAAAAAAAUUAAACCAAAUAUCCUAUUUUUUCCCUAA